AUGAAAAAUUUCCGAAGAAGACUCAUCAUUAUUGCAACAGCGGUAGUUUUCUCAAUCUUCUGUUUCAUUAAUGAAAACCCCUUUGAUACUACAAGUUUCCUGUCUUUGGAGGAAAAGAAGCUGGUAAGUUGGCAGAGAAUCCGGAUGCAGAUCACAUCUGGUGGAACAAAAUACCUCAAAGCCUUCAAAGAUAUGCAGAAAAAUUCAGAACCACUAAAAAAUGUGAAAUCCCACAUCUUGAUUGGAGCCCUUCCCAUGGAAAAAAAACUGCUGACCAUAGGAAUUUCCUCAGUGCAGCGUCCCCAAGGGAGCUACCUCUUGGACACCCUGCAUUCUCUCUUCUUUGCUUCUUCCUUGUAUGAGCAGAAAUACUUCAUUGUUGUGGUACACCUGGGAGAUCCUGACUCCAAAUGGCUUGAUAAAAUGACCUCCAGCAUCUCCAUCCUCUUUAAACAACAUAUCCAGGCCAGGCAGCUAGUAGUGAUCAAUACUCCUCGUGAAAGCUAUAAUCCUUUGAAGAACCUUAAGAAAACCUUUAAUGACACCUCCGCCUAUGUAGCUUUUCGCUCCAAGCAGAACAUGGAUUAUGCCUUCCUCAUGAACUUUGCUACCAACCACUCUGAUUACUUCCUGAUGCUUGAAGAUGAUGUAAAAUGUGCCCCAGAAUUUGUCACCCAGAUUGUCACCACACUCUCUGCCUGGGAAAGGAAAUUUUGGGUGAUUCUGGAGUUCUCUCAGCUGGGCUUCAUUGGAAAACUCUUUCACAUGAAAGACCUCCCUUAUUUUGUUCGUUUCCUUCUCCUCUUUUACCAAGAAAGGUCCUGUGACUACCUUUUGUCCCAUUUUCGUGACCUUCGCAUGCAGCAAAAACCAAUCCGAUUUUCCCCCUCCCUUUUUCAGCAUGUGGGCAGUUACUCAUCCUUUGAUGGCAAAUUCAAUAUCCUCAAAGAUAAAGAAUUUGAGGACGAUGACAUUGGCCUUCCCAGUAACCCUGCUGCCACCAUUUAUACCAACCUUAAUGUCAUCAAUAACUCUCUCCUCAUGAAUGCCUACAGCUUUGAUAAAAAUUUCUUUUAUAGCCAAGAGGUUAAGGCUGGCAGCCAUGUGACUGUGAUUUUGGACAGGCCUGCUACAGUGUACCGAGUUCAAGUGCUGACUGGCUCUAAAGUAAAGAGGAGGAAUCAGCUAAAAGAAGGGCAAGUAGAACUGGGCUAUGAUUCUACCAAUCUGAUCCAUGACUGCGAUGACUAUAUUCUUCUGGGGAUGCUAGAAAAUGGCAUCUUGAAUAAGCAAGUAUUAUCCAAAGAUUCUGGGAAGAAGAAGGAGAAGAAAGAAAUCCUUCAGCAGACAGUUCAGGAACAAAUCAACUCUGAAAUCAGUAACCAUCUGGAAGUCUUCAGGGAGAUGCAGAAAAACUCCCCUCUACUCCAGUGUGCCAACUACACACUCCUAGCUGGAGCCCUUCCCCAGGAAAAGAAGCUGCUGACAUUGGGCAUUUCCUCAGUGCAACGCCCCCAAGGGAGCUACCUCCUGGACACCCUGCAGUCCCUGUUCCAAGUUUCCUCAGAAGCUGAGCUGAAGUCUAUAGUGGUGCUGGUGCAUCUGUCAGACCCUGACCCUGAGUGGCUCAGCCAAACAGUGGCCAAUAUUUCAGACCUCUUCAACCUACACAUUGAAGCCAGAAAGCUGCUUGUGGUCCAUGGGCUUCUGGAUAACUCCCCGCUGAAGAACAUAAACCAAUACUCCUCCUGUGAAGAACUUUAUUUCAGGCAGAAAGUGGAUUAUGCCCUGCUCAUGAACUUUGCAAGCAACCUCUCUGAUUACUUCCUGUUGAUGGAUGAUCAUGUUCAGUACACUUUCUAUUUUGUCUCUGCCAUCUACUGGGCAUUAUCAGCCUGGAAAGAAUUCCCCUGGGUGAUCCUGGAAUUAUCCAGCCUGAGAUUCUCUGGGAAAGUGUUCCACUCCAGGGACCUCUCCCACCUGGCCUCUUUCUUCCUCCUCUUCCCCAAGAACACUUCUGCUCCCAUGCUUCUCUCUAGAUUUCAUCUUCUCUUGGCACAAAAUGUUCCAAUUCAUCUCAGUCCCUCCAUGUUCCACCACAUGGGCAAUUAUUCUGAACUGGAGGACACAUGCUUUCCUGUGGAGAAGGACAAGGUCUCUGGGGAGCCAGACAAUCCCACGGCUAUUGUAGUCACUGACAUGAUGUCCAUACUGAACAUUGUUCCACUAUACGCUUAUGUUCUGAACGAGGAGCCCUACACUACCUUGGAUCCUGAAAAAGGCAACCACCUCACAGUGAUUCUGGAUAGACCACAAAAAAUCAUCCGAAUAGUGGUGCUGACAGGCAUUGAGGAAAACGGGAUGUAUCAACUGCAAAAGGGCAGAGUACUACUGGGCUAUGACAUCAUGGAACAUUCCAAACGCUGUGUUCGCUAUUUCCUGCUAGGGCCACUGGUACGAGGAAAUUUAGACCAGAGGGUAUUUUAUGACGAAGAUUCUAUGGAGAAGCUGAGUUGUAUACGACUGGAGGUGUCAGAGUCUCAGCAGUGGCUAGUGAUCAGGCAGAUCAAAGUCUGGACAGACCCUGAGGACGAGGAGAGUUAG